AUGGAUAGUGUUUUGUCUCUGAUUACCAUUUUCCUUCUUCUUAUCGGUUCCUCUGGUUUCAACAAGAACGAUUUCCCUAAAGACUUCGCUUUCGGUUCCGCCAUUUCUGCUUAUCAGUGGGAAGGAGCUGCUAAUGAAGAUGGAAGAAAACCUAGCAUCUGGGAUACUUUCCUCCACUCUCGUAACCAAGACAACGGAGACACAGCAUGUGAUGGGUAUCACAAGUACAAGGAAGAUGUGCAGCUCAUGGUAGAAACUGGCCUACCUGCCUUGAGAUUCUCCAUCUCUUGGUCUAGGCUUAUACCAAAUGGAAGAGGUCUUGUUAACCCUAAGGGUCUACAAUUCUACAACAACUUCAUCCAUCAACUUGUAAUCCAUGGAAUUGAACCACAUGUCACACUUUUCCACUACGAUCUUCCUCAAUCUCUUGAGGAUGAGUACGGAGGAUGGAGAAGCCGCAGAAUCAUCAAGGACUUUACUGCCUACGUAGACGUUUGCUUCAGAGAGUUUGGAAACAAUGUCAAAUUCUGGAACACGAUCAAUGAGGCUAAUGUAUUUACAAUUGGAGGUUACAAUGAUGGGAAUUCAGCGCCUGGUCGUUGUUCCUUACCGGGCAAAAGCUGCUUAUCAGGGAACUCUUCCACUGAACCAUAUAUCGUAGCUCAUAACUUGCUGCUUGCGCACGCCUCUGCUUCAAGAUUAUAUAAGAAAAAGUACAAGGAUAUACAGGGAGGUUCCGUAGGCUUUAGCAUGUUUACAAUAGGCUUUAAUGCUUCUACAAGCUCCAAGGAUGAUGAACUCGCAGUUCAAAGAGCCAGAGAUUUCUACAUGGGCUGGAUGUUUGAGCCUCUUAUAUUUGGAGACUAUCCGGAAGAAAUGAAACGAAUCGUUGGAUCAAGACUGCCAGUUUUUACAGAGGAAGAAUCAGAACAAGUUAAAGGCUCAGCUGAUUUUUUAGGAAUCAAUCAGUACUUUGGAGUUGUUGUCUCAAACAACAAACUCAAACCUUGUCCUUCAAGAAACACAGAUUUCAAAUCGGACGUGGGCGUAUCUUUGACUUUCUUGUCACUUUCCGAGUAUGAUGCUUCUCUGUGGGCUAUGAAAGAUGUGUUGGAGUAUAUAAAGCAGAGAUAUGGCAAUCCUCCCAUCUACAUUCUUGAGAACGGUACACCGAUGAAGCGAGAUUUGCAGCUGCAACUGAAGGACACAAAAAGGGUUGAGUACUUGAAUGCUUACAUUGGUGCGGUGCUCAAAGCCGUUAGGAAUGGAUCGGAUACGAGAGGGUACUUCGUAUGGUCAUUUAUGGAUUUGUUCGAGAUACUGAGCGGGUACGAGUUCAGUUUUGGAAUGUACUAUGUGAAUUUCAGCGAUCCUCAUCUCAAGAGGUCUCCAAAACUCUCUGCUCAGUGGUACUCUGCUUUUCUCAAGGGCAACAAUACCACCUUUCUUGGUUCACAAGGCAUCACGCAAUUGCAGACCAACUUUUCUUCUUCCUCUUAA